GCUCAUGAGUGUGUAAGCAGAGAGUUGCCAAAUACAUUGUCUUCUGCUCUUCAGUUUUAAACUCACUUAAGCUGCGUGGAGCAAGUCAUUCAAGAGGAACCCACGAGAGAGAGCAGAAGCUUGAGCAGAGCGUUAAGAAAUCUCAUCUUCUCCGCUGUCACUGCGCACUAAUCACAUUAUUGAUGUGAAAGAACACGGAGGGACGCUACAAUGUGUUUGCGGCUCUUAUCAGAUGGCUUCCUUUGCAUAGUCUAAAGGCUGUUUUAUUUUAUUUUUUACAUUUUGAGAAGAAAAGAAGACACGUUCAGGUCUAAAUCCCCCGUGUUUUUAUUUGCUGUGGAUAUAUAGCGUUUUUUGGAGCGCUGUUGCCCUUCGGCACGAGCGCAGCGCGAGACACCGAGAACCUCAUCAAGCAGAACUGGACUUUGAAUCCGAAAACGAAGACUAGUCUUACCCGUGUGUUAUUUCAGUUUACAAAUUGCUUUUGGUUUGGAUGGAUUUACAAGAGUAACUCGGGCUUUCCAAAAGUUGCUCAUUGGAUUUCCAAGGAUAGAUAAUUCUGACAGAGUGAGCAAGAAGGGACGCAUGAGUGUCUCGAGGGCCACCCCUAUUCAAGGGAACUAAGUACUGCUGGUGCCUUAUCAUACCGACCGAUUACGGGGCAAAGGACACAAGAAAAUAGGUUUGGGACUACACUGAGGUUGCUAAUGCCUGGAGUCAGCAUUUGAAGCUGACCAGCUGUCUUCCACACACCACAGCACACACAUUACCUCAGCAAGAUGUUGAGGUUCAUCUUUAAGGUUUUCAUUACCAUCUGCUUCACGGAAUUGGUGUUUGCAAGAAGCCUAACAUCAGGGGAAGUACGGGCAAAAGAUAUCCGAGUUUCUCGACCUUCUCUCCUGCCUGGCUUUCCUGAGAACGUCACUGUAUUGGUUGGAGGACAUGUGAAGCUGGUGUGCAAACUCCACCAGCCAGCUUCGACAUGUCUCCAGUGGUUCAAGAGGGACAGAAAUCGCCAGGGGCUUGAUGGAUCACCACUUCUUACAGCCCUUACGCCUCGUCUAGAGAACAUCUCCAAAGUCAACAUUCUUCCUUUAAUUAAUGUCUCCUUGGACGAUGCCGGAGAAUAUGUAUGCAAGGCAGAAAACUCAGUCGGACAGUCUUCUCGCUCCGCCUGGUUGAAAGUCCUACCAGAUGUUUCUGAGGAGCCAACUGAAGAAACAUCAGAGCAUCUAAUUCUAGAGCUUGGAGAUGUGCUAAAACUGCGUUGUGACACAAAUCGUCCUGGAUCUGUACAGUGGUUCAAGGGUGGCACACGGGUCCAACACAGUGCUCGUAUCCAAAUAAGAGCCGCAGUUAUGGAAAUUGCAGAUGUGACUUAUGAAGACUCAGGAGUGUAUGUGUGUAUGCUUCGUGGCACCAAAGAGGCUCUGCGCAACUUCACUAUUACAGUGGCAGAUGCCGUUGGAUCAGGAGAUGAUGAUGAUGAGGACAAUGGUCUUGAUGAUGCUGAACCCGAGAAAGAAAAUUACCAGGUCUACAUUUCCAGAGCACCAUACUGGACUCAUACUCAAAGAAUGGAGAAGAAGCUAUAUGCAGUCCCAGCAGGAAACACUGUCAAAUUCCGUUGUCCUGCCACAGGGAAUCCUCUACCCACUAUUCGCUGGCUAAAGAAUGGCAGGGAAUUCCGGGGAGAGCACAGGAUCGGUGGCAUUAAGUUGCGACAUCAGCACUGGAGCCUGGUCAUGGAGAGUGUGGUUCCAUCAGACCGUGGGAACUACAGUUGUGUGGUGGAAAACAAAUAUGGGUCCAUUGCUCACACCUACCUCCUGGACGUGUUGGAACGCUCUCCACACAGGCCCAUUCUGCAAGCUGGUCUACCCAAAAACACUACAGCCAUUGUGGGUGGAGAUGCCCAGUUCCUUUGUAAAGUCUACAGUGAUGCCCAGCCUCACAUUCAGUGGUUGAAGCACAUUGAGAUGAAUGGCAGUCGUUAUGGACCUGAUGGAAUUCCCUAUGUCAAGAUUGUGAAGACAGGAAGCUUGAACAUGUCUGAAGUCGAAGUCUUAUAUCUUACCAAUAUCACAAUGGAGGAUGCUGGAGAAUAUACUUGCUUGGCAGGAAACUCCAUUGGUUUCUCCCAUCAGUCUGCUUGGCUUACUGUCCUAUCAGAGGAAGACGUGGCCAAGGAAGUGGACCUCAUGGAGGCCAAGUACACUGACAUCAUCAUCUAUGCAUCUGGCUUCCUGGCAUUGGUGAUGGCCAUUGUUAUUGUGGUCCUCUGCCGUAUGCAAGUUCAUCCCAGUCGGGAGCCCUUUGACACACUCCCUGUGCAGAAACUCUCAAAAUUUCCUCUACGCCGCCAGUAUUCAUUGGAGUCAAAUUCUUCGGGAAAGUCAAGUGCCUCGCUGAUGAGGGUGGCUCGUCUUUCCUCAAGUUGUUCCCCGAUGCUGGCAGGAGUUAUGGAGUUUGAACUGCCUUAUGACCCUGACUGGGAGUAUCCAAGAGAGAAUUUGACUUUAGGGAAACCACUUGGUGAGGGAUGCUUCGGUCAAGUGGUGAGAGCCGAGGCUUAUGGGAUAAACAAAGAGACUCAAGAUCAAGUGACAACUGUAGCUGUUAAAAUGCUGAAAGAUGAUGCAACUGACAAAGAUCUGGCUGACCUAAUCUCUGAGAUGGAGCUAAUGAAGGUGAUGGACAAGCACAAGAACAUCAUAAAUCUUCUUGGUGUUUGCACACAGGAUGGUCCACUCUAUGUGCUGGUUGAAUAUGCGUCUAAGGGCAGCCUACGGGAUUACCUUCGGGCACGUCGGCCUCCUGGCAUGGACUACACCUUUGAUGUGACCAAGGUUCCUGAGGAACAGCUCACCUUCAAAGAUCUGAUGUCCUGCGCCUACCAAGUGGCAAGAGGCAUGGAGUACCUGGCCUCCAAAAGAUGCAUUCACAGAGAUUUAGCAGCAAGGAAUGUUCUUGUCACUGAGGAUAAUGUCAUGAAAAUUGCAGAUUUUGGCCUUGCAAGAGGAGUGCAUCAGAUUGAUUACUACAAGAAAACCACUAAUGGACGUCUGCCAGUGAAAUGGAUGGCACCAGAAGCCUUGUUUGACAGAGUCUACACUCACCAGAGCGACGUGUGGUCUUUUGGAGUUCUGAUGUGGGAGAUUUUCACAUUGGGGGGAUCGCCGUACCCUGGAAUACCAGUCGAGGAGCUUUUUAAACUGUUGAAGGAAGGUCAUAGAAUGGACAAACCUUCCAACUGCACCCAUGAACUUUACAUGAAGAUGAGAGAAUGCUGGCAUGCAGUACCAACACAAAGACCAACAUUCAAACAGCUUGUGGAGGAGCUUGAUAGGGUGCUGGUGUCCAUUUCAGAUGAGUACCUGGACCUGUCCACCCCUUUUGAACAGUACUCCCCAUCUUGUGAGGACACCUCCAGCUCUUUCUCUUCAGAUAAUGAUUCAGUGUUUACCCAUGAUGCUCUGUCAACCGACCCAUGCCUCCUUGGUUACCAUGAUGUGUGCUCUCGGAUGGACCUGAAGACGACGAUUCGAUAGUCCUUUUUGGCAGAGGCACGAGCUUGUGGACAUCGGAAACACUUGCAUGGAAAGCGGUACAAGGACUUCUGCCUUUGUUGCUCUGCCUAAGAACAUUAUAACGAUGCUUGGCACUAUGAAACUUGGUGAUAAAUCAUUACUCUCUCAUAUCAUCAGAUUUCUUCUACAGAAACAGGACUGGUCAUUGAGCUUUUUUGAUUGAAGUUUCUAUUGAAGAAAAUGGCUGCUGCAUACAGGAGCGUUUUGAACCAGAUUUGUUUUUUUAAAGAAAACAUUUAUUAUAUAAAUCUCUCUCUAUAUAUAAGAUUAUUCUACAUUUUUUUAUUUAAAGAGCUGUCUUAAAUCUCAGGAUCUUGCAUGUUAAAAUUGCUGUAGUGUGGCAGCAAAGUGCCUGACUUUUUUUGAUUUCCUGUGAAUAUCUUAAAGUAUUUUAUGUACAUAUCACUACAGAAGACAAUUACAUUUUAUAAAUUAUUCGAAAUGAUAUAAAGUGAAGGUGUUACUUUGGUGAAGAAAUUAUGUAAAUCUGUUUUAAAUCAAAAGAAUGAUUCUUCAUUUUACCAACACAUUUAGUAAAAUAGCCAUUGCUCGCUGCUCGUCCCAUUGUACACUGUCAAGGUUAAACCUCUGAGCACUCAACUUCCGUUUGUUCCGUUCAUUUCAUGCCUCGCCGUUUGGUUAGCACGGUCUUCUCCCAAACCAUUCACCCCAUUCAACCAGAGACGUUGCGAGGACCAGCAACGCUUCUAUUAUCAGUAUAUUAUACAGAAGAAAAGGAUUCAACUGAAUGUGAAAUGCCUUAAUAUUGAUUGAUUUAAAAUGGCGAAUCCUCCAUUGUCUGGCUGUAACCUUUUAACCAUCCUGGUUUCUUUGCGAGGUCCAGGCGUAGGCCAAGGUGGACAAUAGUCUCAUGCAGCUGUAAUGUGUGUGACUAUUGGCUGGGGUGAUUGGGGGGCUGUCUAAGGCCUGUGUGCAAAUGAGAAAGCUCCUUAUUAUGCUAAUGGUUCCAGCUGCCCAUCUUUAUCCUGUACUAUCUUUUAAUAUGCAAAUGCUAAUGCUGGCUUUUCUAAAUAAACUAAGCAAUGUCCUUCAGGGAAUGUAAAGCUGAUAAGAAGCCAAAGGCUUUUUUUAAGUUAAUUUACCCAAUACUUUCAUUCUCAGCCAGGGACGAUCCUCCAGAUCCCUUUGGGCACAUUUGGGACAAUUGGUGCGCAUUCAAAAUGAGUAUACAGGAUUUCGCCAAUGGAAGCAAGAGUGAAAUUGUUACAUUUGCCAUCAUUUUAGAGGCACAUAGAGAUUCAAAAUCUUUUCAGGCAGCUACACCAAUGUUGGACCUCCAAAUGAGAACCAAUCUCUUGUACGCAGUUUAUGACCUCCAAUGACCCCUUUAGAAUUCUAAUAGCACAUUCUUUGUGUACAAAGAAAAAAAGAAUACAAACCACAUGACAUUCCAUUUGUGUAUUUCCCAUUGUAACAAUCAAACAAUGUUAUUAUAAAUCUUCCCCUCAAGAGAAUUAUUUUAGAAAUAUCUAAUUUAUUUGUUUAUUGUUUGUUUUAUAUUAAAUAAAGUAUAAUUUAAAAUA